UUGGUCAUUUCCGCACCAGACUCACUGUUGUAGUUAGCAGUCAACGAUGGGUGAUAUUUGUGGGUGAUAUUUGAGCAACAAAGUAGCUAACCGCUAGCUUUUCGUAAAAUAACAGUUAGAAGUGUAUAUUUUAUUUAUUUAUCAAACGCUUGUUUCUUUAUCUAAAAGUUAAGCCAAGAUGAGUCUGUCGAAGUCGAUUACACGAGCCACAACUACGAUGUUGCAUUUUCAAAAUGGAGGAUCUUCGUACCUAGCUGAUGAUGCUGGCCCUUCGUACUAUUUCGACGGGGCCGUAGGUGCUGGGGCGUCACCAAAGUCUAAAGUGGACUUGGGAAAUGGGACCGGCGAUACUCCACCACGACCCACGACGUUAGGAGUGAAUGUCGUGAAAAGCAACGUCCUCGAUAAUCAUUUGUCAGACCGAAGCAACAAUGACGAUUCUUUGCCAUGCACUCCUCAAAUGGCGUCAGAAUGUGGGCCUGAACUAUCGAAUUGUCAAUCGGGCGAUGAAGUAUUGGAACAUGAUACCAGACAACUCAUUGAGAUUUUUUUGGGGGACUACACAGGACUGUCUCAGCCUCGAUGGAAGCAAAGCAAGCCUCUUACGACCAUGAAGCGAGUGGUGGAGGACGUAAUAGCAAAGCAUCGAUAUGCAUACAAUGGUAUGGUCGUCAAACUUGACUUGGUUGAUCGAUGCGAUGACAUGAGCGUCCUCAAUUCUGUGGCCAAGACCAUGUUCAGUGAUGGGAUCACGAAUUGGGGUCGCAUCGCCAGCCUGGUGGCAUUUGGCGCAGUGGUGAGCCAGCACCUGAAGGAGAGUGGCAGGGGACACUGCGUUGAUUUGGUGGGCCAAGAGAUUGCCACAUACCUCCUCUCUGACCAAAGGGACUGGCUGGUCAAAAACAAUGCUUGGAAUGGAUUUGUAGAGUUCUUUCAUGUUCAAGAUCCUGAGUCCUCGGUAAGGAACACCCUCCUAGCCUUUGCUGGAGUUGCUGGGAUUGGGGCAACACUUGCCAUGUUGAUCAGGUGAAUUGAACAAUACUUACCUGUUACUUUUUUUCAACGAAGAAAAUGGACUAUGCCUGCAAGUUCUCUGAAAUCCUUGAUAGCACCAUGGUUGGAAUGAGUACCCAGUGAUGUCCUGCUUAGUCAAAGAAGAGGGUCAGUCUGUUGGAUUAUAGUGAAGGACUGAAUUGGGACGAUGCUUUGGUGUCAAGCUCAAGUUUGCUUUUUUCCCGCAUCAACAUUUUGGUGCCUUUUCUUGUUUGAGGGGUCAUUUGAGGAUAUUUGGUAACAGUCUCCAAAUAUAUUAAUCUGACUUCUUAAAUCUAAUGGACUUGUUAAAUGGCGCUUUUAUUUAAUGUAAAAAGUACAGACAUUUUAUUUUUGUAAUAAAUGUAUAGUUGAAUUUAGACUCGUACAAAGUUAAUUAAUUUGCAAACUGUCAACUCUCUUUUUAAGUAAUCAAGAUGGAAAAGCACUAGCUAGUAGCUAUAAUUCACAAUGGCAAAGUUCUGCCUCUGACCAUAAAUUUGGCUCAAAUGACUUGUUCUAGUCCUUGUGAUAUUAGUCAUACAUGUACAUACAGGGAUUGGUGUAAGAAAGGCAGAACCUGCAUUGAACUGACCACUGAGGGCCUUAGAAUUCAACUAAGAAGGUAUACCCAGGUUAUGGGCGUUGAAAAUGGAAAGUGCUUACAGCAGAAAGGCUUUAUUUUAUAUGCAAUUAAUUGCCUUAGGGUCUUUAUGACAUGCAUGUAUGUCAUAAAGCCCCUAGCUCUCCUACACCACAUUCAUAAGUCCGUAUUCCUGUUCCUUGGGGUAGAUUUUCCAGUCUUGCCUGGCAAUGCAUUUGUGUGGUUGCAGUGUGACUUCCUGGUUAAUGAAAUCUUGUGACUGUUGCACUAGGCUUUACUGGGAGGGGGAAGGGGGGACCUGUUUGAAAGUCAAUUGAAAAUUCCAUUCUCAAGACUAUGCUGAUUUGUAUUUGAAGUGUUUCAUUUCCAAAUGAUAUCCAUGUAAAUGAAAUGUGCUCGCAGGUAUGUUUUAAAUAGGAGCAUAAAGAUUGUACAUGGUAUCUGGCAUUGGUUCAAUAGAGGCAAGAUCAUCUGGACAGUGAACGUGUACCACAGUUCCACCCCAACGAACUAGCACUAACCCUCCUGAUGUAUCUUGCUGGCAAAUUCCUGUAGUCUCCUGAAGUUAAAUGAUUUAAAGGAUAAAAUCAUGCAACUUUAUUCACUUUUGUGACUGCAAUGAAUAAAGAAUGUGACUUUAUUCACUUUGUGGCUGCAAUUGUCUCAAAGCAGAAGUUUGACUGUUAACCUGCUGUGAACUUUUGAGACUACUUCUCGGAAGGGAGGGAGAUUUUGCACUGUGCUAGUUUCUGGUGCUGAAAAGUAAACCCAUACACAAAUGAAUUCCUGUGUUGUACAUAGUCAUCUACACACACACAGUUAAGUGUGUUUAUUCACACCACAUCCCCAAACAUGCACCGUGAGGUUAUUUCCUAGAAAUUAAACUUCUGUGGUAACCACGCCUAUAUGUGUGUCAUAGGCAGACCUUUGCCACGGUAUCACUUCAGCUGCAGCCUCAGUUGUCAGAAACAUAAUUAUUAAACUAAGUCCACCAGAACCUCUUGGGUGCCUCAACCUCUGAGUUGUCAAUAAAAUAAGUUAACAGCAGUCCAAAGGUCUUUUACAAUGUUGCAUAAUGUCAGUGACCACCUUUUUAGCUAUUACGUUUGAGAAUUUUCCACAUAAUGCAUCCGACAGCUCUGUCUGCGCCACAAUCAUAGCUUUGCAACAGUUGAAGCAAAUAUUACCCACAUCCUUUGUUGCUCACACUAAUUUACCAACUUGAGUUUCUUCUGCAUAUUUAAUCAUGUCUGAUACCAAAGCAGUAUUUUAUCACCGAGUGCCACAAGAUGUAAUGCAUCCAGUCUCAAUUAAUUUAAUGAUAUGCAAAAUAAAAUUACGUCAUUGAAAUCCUCUUGCACAUAGGCCAUAAAAUGACGGAAAUUACCCCUGUUCUUUCUUUGCAUAUGUCUGUCACUGAUAGUGUAUACAUGUAGAACGGUCAGAACCAGACUGGUUAUUGUAGCUGAGGCUUUCACCUAAAGCUUAAGGAGGAGAACUGGAGCGAGGGGGGGGUCAUGGCGGAAGGAAGCAUUGCACAUUGCUGGCCUAUCUAAUCAGGCAUGCUUUUAGACAGCUAUGGAAAUCAGCCACAGAGCAGGUAUUGUUUGACCUCUGCUGGACCCAAGGGAAGUUGGAGAUAUCCCAGAGCGUAGUGAUGCAAGUUGAGGGGAAAUGAGAGUUCACUUUUGUGUUUGCACUCUGUCUCAAGAACAGUUCUCCAAAUGUGAAAUGUGUAAUUUAUGAGGUUGUCAAUGAGAUGAUGACAUGACUACACUGUAGAAGACUCACUAGUCUCAUCUAGGCAAAUCUUGGAUCAAAUUCACAUUACCUGUGUCAGAGCAUGCCAUACUUCGGGUAAAGAGGAUUUUCUUUGGUAAUGAAAGGUGGUAUGGAAACAACAAUAUGCUAGAGCAGGAAUUCCCAAACUGGGGUAUGUAUGCUCAAUGCUGUCCGGGGUAUGCCAAAUACAAAUGUGAUUCGCAUUAACAAAAAACAAGUGUAUGUGUUUGUGUGUACAUACACACACACAACUGUUCAAAAGUUUGGGGUCACUUAAAUGUUCUUGUUUUUGAAAGAAAAGCACUUUUUUGUCCAUUAAAAUAACAUCAAAUUGA